AUGCCGGAUGUCAAGAAUAAGACUGGGAAGGGCGUUCGAAGGCCACGGCUAGAACCAACUGAACAACAACGAGCAGAUAUCAAAGAGGCAUUUGACCUCUUUGAUGUUGAGGGAACAGGAACCAUCGAUGCCAAGGAGGUGAGAGUGGCGUUGAGAGCCCUAGGAUUUGAACCGUCGAGAGAUGAACUUAAACGGCUGAUAACGGAGGUUGAAAGGAACAAGAAAUCUGCAGGAAACGCUGAGGGGUCGGACAAACAGAGAAAUAGUUUCUUGGCGCUUGCAAAUGGGAAGGAUGUUAUCACCUGGGACGACUUGAAAAAGGCCUCUGUCGACUUAGGGGAGAAGUUGUCAGACGAGGAGCUUCGAGAAAUGCUUGCGCACGCUUGCCGUGGAAGGUCGUCGCAGGUGACAGAAGAAGAUUUCUUCAGAAUACUACGGAGCUAA